AUGGACGUCGACCCUUCCCCUCAGGCGGAAAAGACGACCAAGGUGAACGCUGACGUGGAGAAGAGCGUCCACGUGGAGUGCGGGCUGUGCGCCGUGCUCACUCCCCUCGCGCGCUGCCUGGACCUCCCCCACUGCACGUGCCUGCUCUGCCUCCCCUGCGCGCGCGGAUCCUUCCGCCCGCAGCUGGAGCAUCUCAAAGCGCAGCUGAUGAAGGGAACUCCGCAUGCUGUGCGGCUUGCUGCCCCCAAGUGCCGCUUCUGUGGUGAGCGGGUCGAGUGGGGCGGGAUGGACCUGGAUUGGGAUGAGGAGGCUGAGGAGAGGGGUGAUGGUGUUGCAGUAGGAGCUGACGUGAGCUGGUGCAUGAACAAAACCGACCUGGCAGCAGUGGCAGUAGCGGCAGUGUGUGUGUGCGGGGAGGAGCAGUGCAGGGAGCGACUGAAGGACGCGUGCACGCGGCCGAUCGGGGCCGCCCCAGCCAUCCGGCUGUUGUCCUGUGGCCACGUGGUGCAUGCAGCAUGCGCGAUGGAGAAGAUCCGCCAAUCGUAUCCCGGUCCCGAGAUCUCCUUUGGAUUCCUAUCCUGCCCCCUCUGCCCCGGUACAACUAUGGAGCACCCUGCACUACAGACAGAGAUUGCCGCCCCGCUGGCUCUGAAGCAGCAAGUGGAGGGAUUGGCAGAGGAGAGGGUGAAGGCUGGGGAGGGGCUUGGGGAUGGGGAGGAGGAGGAUGGGGAUGUGGGGGAGGAGAAUGGAAAUGAUGGUCUUGGGAAUGGGGUGUUGGCAUGGGCGAUGCGUCGGUUGCUGUUCUUCCUCUGCUCUCGCUGCCACCGCCCGUACUUUGGUGGGGACCGCAGGUGCGGUGCCGGACCUGCGGUUGCCGAGGCUGGGAAUGAGGAUGUGGAGGAGGAGGAGGAGGGAGAGUUGAUGGAAGAAGUUGAAGAAGCUGCAAAGCAAAAGGCAGCAGCAGAAGCAGCAGCAGCAGCAGCAGCAGCGGCGGAGGAGAGAGAAAGGAGGGAGCAGCUGUGGGAGGCAGGCAGGCCGUGCAGCAGCAACCACGGGCAAGAAGCCGUGCAGUACAAGUGCCAGUUCUGCUGCUCCGUCGCCACUUACUUCUGUGGCGGCACCACACACUACUGUGCAGAGUGCCACCAGACCCUCCCGAAUUACAGAAGCUCCUCGUACGUUGCACCGCGCUGCACCGGGGGGGACCAGUGCCCGUUGCGUGUGGCGUGGCACCCGCAAGCCCCUGAGGAGUUCUGCCUCGGCCGAUCGCUGCCGCCCGUGCCAUCCGCCUGUUGUCCUGCGGCCACGUGGUCCACGUGGCAUGUGCAAGAAGGAAGAUUCGCCAAUCAUAUCCCGGUCCUGAGAUCUCCUUUGCCUUACUCUCCUACCCCCUCCGCCCCACUGGCUCUGAAGCAACAAGUGGAGGGGUUGGCAGAGGAGAGGGUGAAGGCUAGGGAGGGGCUUGGGGAUGGGGAGGAGGAAAAUGGGGAUGGGGAGGAGGCCAACGGGAAUGAUGGUAUUGGGAACGGUUUGUUGGCAGUGGCGUUGCAUCGGUUGCUGUUCUUCCUCUGCUCGUGCUGCCACCGCUCGUAA